AAGCUCUCUAUAGUCUAUUCUAGCCAGUCAGCAACAAGUCCUAUUAUUGUACUCUUCAUUAGAAAAAAUGAUGAAUCCUGCUAAAGGGAAUACAUCAUUGCUUCUUCUCUCCCUUCUUCUUGUUUGCCCAAUCUGCACUUCCCUUGACACCAUAACACCAGACCAACCCCUUAAGGAUGGUCAAUUUCUACACUCAAAUCAUAAAACCUUUGCACUUGGGUUUUUCAGCCCCGGCAGUUCCAAUUACCGCUACGUUGGAAUUUGGUAUAACCAAAUCACCGAACAAACCGUUGCGUGGGUUGCAAAUAGAGACACUCCUCUCAAGGAUGCCUCCGGAGUCCUCUCCAUCAAUGGUAAGGGAAACCUUGUACUUCACACCCAAAACCAAACCACUCCUAUUUGGUCCACCAAUGUUUCUUUUUCUGUCUCAUCCACAAAUAAUUCUAUGGCUAAGCUCUUAGAUAUAGGAAAUCUUGUUUUGGUUCAACAAGAUAGCCAACGUGUUACAUGGCAAAGUUUUGAUUAUCCCACCAAUACUUUGCUUCCGCUUAUGAAACUUGGGUUGGACCGGCGGACCGGGUUGAAUCGGUUCCUAACAUCUUGGAAGUCCAAAGAUGACCCAGGUGUUGGCAGCUAUUCAUUUCGAAUGGUUCCAACUGGGUACCCUCAGGUGAGCUUAUACAUGGGUCAGACUCUAUUAUGGCGUAUGGGAUUUUGGAAUGGCGUAACAUGGAGCAGUGUACCCAGAAUCUUAUCAAAGUACUUCAAAGUUAACUUUGUGAAUAAUCAAGAUGAAAGCACCUUUAUGUACAGUAUUAUUCCAAAUUUACCCACCAAAGUUAUUGUUAAAAUGGUGGUGGAUGAAUCAGGAAUUGUGGAACGGUCCUUAUGGCAGGAGACUACAUGGGUCGAAUAUUGGUCCGCCCCAAUAGGGCCGUGUGAUAAGUAUUUGAAUUGCGGUCCAAAUAGUUAUUGUGACUCACACAAUAUGGUCAUUUUUGAGUGCAAGUGCUUUCCUGGAUUUGAACCUAAGUCAUCUCGUGAUUGCAUGAGGGAAAAGCAAGGAGUGUCCAUGUGCAACAACAGGGAAGGGUUCGUGAAGUUGGCACAUAUGAAGGUGCCAGAUACUUCAAUAGCACAUGCGGACAUGAGUUUGAGUAUGAAAGAGUGUGAGCAAAAGUGUUUGAGGAAUUGUUCUUGUAUGGCAUACGCAAGUGCAAAUGUGAGUGAGGGAGGGAUUGGUUGCUUGACAUGGCAUGGGGACUUGAUGGACACAAGAACAUUUCCUGAUUUAGGACAAGAUUUAUACAUACGUGUGGAUGCGGCUGUAUUAGCUCAAUAUGCUAAGAAAAAUGGUCUUACUCAGAAAAAGAGGAUGCUGGCAAUUCUAGGAGUUUCUGUUGCUGUAAUGUUUCUUCUUAUGGCCUCAGUUGUGUAUUGUUUUGUAAUGAAGAAGAAGAAAGAGAAGAGGCAUAGCACAUAUUCAUAUAGUGCUGACUCCACUUUACAAUACUUCGAAGACUCUCCAAGUAGAAGGGACCUCGAUGGAACUGGAAGAAAUUCAAAUUUGCCAUUAUUUGAUCUAAGAACCAUUAUUGCAGCUACAGAUAACUUCUCUAUUGCUAACAAGCUUGGCCAAGGUGGUUUUGGCCCAGUUUAUAAGGGUUUGCUACAAAAUGGAAAGGAAAUAGCAAUAAAAAGACUAUCAAAAUGCUCUGGACAAGGAAUAGAACAAUUCAAAAUGGAAUCUGCAUUGAUUGCUAAACUCCAACAUAGGAACCUUGUGAGAAUUUUAGGUUGUUGCAUUCAUAAAGAAGAGAAGAUGUUGAUCUAUGAGUACUUGCCAAAUAAAAGUUUGGACUUUUUCAUUUUUGAUGAAACAAAAAGGUCAUGUUUGGAUUGGGAAAAGCGAUUUGAGAUUAUUUGCGGAAUUGGUCGAGGGAUCUUAUAUCUUCAUCAAGAUUCAAGAUUAAGGAUUAUUCAUAGAGAUUUAAAGGCCAGCAAUGUUCUACUUGACAAUGCAUUGAAUCCAAAAAUUUCAGAUUUUGGUAUGGCUAGAAUUGUUGGACGGGACCAAAUUGAGGCUAAUACAAAUUGCAUCGUUGGAACAUAUGGUUAUAUGUCACCUGAGUAUGCAAUGCAAGGACUUUUUUCAGUAAAGUCUGAUGUAUAUAGCUUUGGGGUAUUGCUAUUGGAGAUCAUUACUGGGAAAAGGAAUAGUACUUACCAUCAUGAUGGCCCUUCCUCAAAUUUGAUUGGACAUGUUUGGGACCUAUGGAGAGAAGACAAUUCCAUGAAAAUAGUCGACCCGUUACUAGAUGAGACAUACCUUGCUAAUGAAGUUUCAAGAUGCAUUCAAAUUGGACUUUUGUGUGUGCAAGAACAUGCAAAAGACCGGCCAACCAUGUCAACUGUUGUAUUCAUGUUGGGUAAUGACACUCCUCUUCCUUCUCCAAAACAACCUGCAUUUAUGUUGAAGGGUACUUACAAUAGUAUAGAUAGAUCAACUAGUGCAGCAUCUAAUUCUAUAAAUGAAAUAACGUUUUCUAAAAUUGACGGUCGUUAAAACCCCAAACUAUUUGAUGCAAGUGUACAAAUAUUCCAUUACAACAUAGGAUCGAGUUACUCUAAGUCUACUCUACAUUACUAUUUUUUUUUUUUUUGUAUGAACAAUUGAACAUAAUGUAUGCAUUGUAAAAUUAUUACAAAAAAGAAGAUAAUAUAUAAUAUUACACAAACUGUUAUUGUCCAGAACUUGUGAUGAAAUCACUACCAUCUCCUUUAGCUUUUUCUUUCAAGUGGUUUCUGAAAUUAAUAUACAAAAAGUUAACUACGUAUAUAUGUUCUGUGGAGAUAACUUCAUUGGUUUUCAGAAUAAGAUGUCCAAAGUUACAAAGAUCUUUUCUUUUGGUGUGAAAUUUACUAAGUUUAACUAUGAAGAUUUAAAAGAGGAACAUUGAAUGCAUAAAAUUGGAAUUUAAUUUGGAUUUUAGGGUGUUUUACUCAAAACGGAACCAUUGUAUUUAUGAAUUGUGCCAAGCCUAUUGAUAUGCUUGGGUAUGGCUAAUAUUUUUAACUUAAAUUCAACCAAGACAAUAUUACAAAAUAAGUUAGAGCAAUAGUUUAUAACUUUGAUGGCAGAUCCUCUUGUAUAGCAAGGAGAAGUGUGAAAAAAUGGGUGACAAAAAGUUGUAAUCAUUUCCUCUUUUUUGCUUAAAUUUGGCCCAAUUCUACUUUUGUGGUCACUUAUAUUUGUGAAGGUGCCUUAUUGAGAGUGUGUAAUUCUCUCCUUGAAGUCCAACCGAAAAAAUCAUAUGGACCAAAUUAAUGUCAUAGAGGAGGACACAAGUGAUGAAUAUAAUUGUAGAAAAUCUUAUUAUGUUAGACAUCUACAAAUUGUAAACAA